UCCGACCUCGCGCAAUCAAGUCAAAAGCACGUCCUCGUCCUCCUCCUCCUCCUCCACGUCCUCUGCCGAGUGAUCCUUCCCCUUCUGUCGGAACUUAUAUCCCCCCCCUGUCUCCUCGAUCCCCCUUUCAUCCACACACCCUCACAAUGUCCAUCUGGGAUUCCAUCAGCGGUCGCAAACAGACCACCGGCCCCGACGCCUUCGACCCGACCACCACGCAAGAUGCCACCUCCUUCCUGUCCGAAGCCGCCUUCCCCGAUCCCACUCAGCUGCACCCUCUCGCCGGCCUGAACCAAGAUACGCUCGACUACAUCACCCUCGAAGAUUCCGCGCUCGACCAGACCCCCGGCUCCCGGUCCCUGCUGCCGUCCCGCGGCUGGUCCGACGACCUGUGCUACGGCGCCGGCACGACCUACCUGGCCGCCCUGACCCUGGGAGGUGUAUGGGGUCUGUCUGAGGGUCUGGCCAAGACGCCGGCCACUGCGCCCCCCAAGAUCCGUCUCAACGGCGUGCUGAACUCCAUCACGAGGAGAGGUCCCUUCCUCGGCAACUCCGCCGGUGUCGUGGCCAUGGUCUACAACGGGUUCAACUCCGGCAUUGGAUACGUCCGCGGGAAGCACGACGCGACCAACAGCAUUGUCGCCGGUGGCCUGAGCGGUAUGCUGUUCAAGAGUACCCGCGGGCUGAAGCCCAUGGCCAUCUCCGGCGGGAUCGUCGCCGGUAUUGCGGGUGGUUGGACUGUCCUGAACAAGGCCCUCUUGUAAACGCCCCCCCCGCCGCCGCCGGGUUGUAUUUUAGCACUCGGGCCCCCGAGUCGACCCGAUCCGUCCACGCACGCCACGCGUCCGAACCAUACCAACCUUCUAGGGAGGGAUGAUUGUAUUGUAUGACCCGGUCUCGGACACGCGGAAGGAUGGGUUUUCACUUCUCUUGGUCACGCUGUAUUAGAACGGUUUUCUUCCCUUUUGUCUUCACAGAUCUCUUCGCUCUGGCGUACAAAGCAUCGUUGUCGCAUUAUCCAUGGGUUGGGACCGGCAUGGUAAUGGGUUUUGUUUCUGAUUCUAUUAUUUCUUUCCUUCCCCUCCCCCCCUCCCCCC